AUGACCACCACGUCGGCCGAACUUCCUCCGACCCCCGUCAGCAAUGGCACCGUCAACCUGUCCGCCGUCAAACCUCCAUUCUUCGACAUCAACGGCGAGAAAUCUGUACACUAUGGCGUGCUGCUCUUCCCCGGCUUUCAGGCGCUCGACGUUUUUGGUCCCCUCGAUGUCUUCAACUCGAUGUCCAUGCUCUACCACUUCCCCACGAAAUUGACUAUGCUCGCCGCAACCGCUGACCCUGUAGAGACGUCGCAUCAAAGAGCUGGAAACAUGAUGUUUUCGCAUCCCGAGACGGAUGUGUCGCAAAGCAUGAUGGUAGACCGCACAUUUCACGAACAACUUGAACUUCAAGAGUUGGAUUCGCAAGGGAAUGCAAGGGCUGGCGCCAUCGACGUCCUCAUCGUACCCGGUGGUGUCGGUACGCGUAAUGAUAUGAGCGCCGAGAUCGACUUCGUGAGGAAUAUGUACCCCAGUGUGAAAGCUUUGUUGUGUGUGUGCACUGGAGCCACGAUUCUGGCGCGCGCUGGUGUCCUAGACGGGCGGCGUGCGACGACAAACAAGCGCGCCUACGCGUGGGCGACGAGCACAGGGCCGAACGUGGAUUGGGUUGCGGAGGCGCGAUGGGUCGUGGACGGAAACAUCGUUACUGGCUCUGGUAUCAGCGCGGGUAUAGACGCAACAUAUGCCUUCGUGGGAUUGAACUAUGGGGAGAAGAUCGCACAAGAGUUGGCUGAUAGUGCGGAGUACGUGCGCUGGACUGAUCCUGACCAUGAUCCGUUCGCAAAGAGAUGGAAUGCCAGUAACGCAUAA